AUGUCGGCCGACGAUGAGGAUGAAGAUGAGGAUGAAGACGAAUAUAACGACGACGAUGAUGAUGAUGAUAGUCCUAAGCACAAGAAGAAAGCGAAAGGCGAGAAGGAGGCCGAUGAAGCUGUUCAAGAAGAUCUAGAUUCAGACGACCUGCCCGACAUCAUUAGUAUCAACGAGUUCGAUUUUGAUUUCGGUUUCUCUGCACUCUGCUUUGCCAUCUUAUUCGCAUCUGUUCCAACUAUUGAAGCCCUCAUCGCUGCUGGGGCAGACCUCAAGCUGAUCUCCAAAGCCCCUGCCAACCAGUCACCAUUGCAUCCAUUGACUCUCACCAUUCUACGAGAAGACGAAGAGGAGGCAUGCCAAGUUGCAGAAUGCUUGCUCAAAGCUGGCGCAACCAGUUCGUCAGCCAAUGAUUUCAUGCGUACCAUUUUCCACGCGGCCGUGCACUCUGGGCGAUCCAAACUCGUCGAGACAAUGUUGCGGUGCGAUCCCCAUUCAUCCAAGGUGGUCAACUUCCCUGUACUUCAGAACCAGCAUGUGGUAUUCCCCAUCGUCACUGCCAUCAACAAGAAGUAUUAUGGCAUUGUUGCACUUCUUUUGGCUAAUGGCGCAAAGCUAGAAUUGGAUGAGAAAGACAUCACUCGAGCUACUGAAGCUGCCCCACAGAAUACCCUCAGAUAUCUGACUUCUUACGGAAGCAAUACUAUCACCAAUUAUGUGGAGCUUGCAUACCAGCCUUUGGAAGUUGCGAUAAAGAACCAUGAUGAUUUAGGAAAACUCCUCAUCAACCUCGGUGUUACAGUUGAUUUCGGCACCUUGCAAUCGUUGGGCAGAUAUUCAGAUGUUGCGCAGAGGCGAACAAUCAAGGACUGGAUUGAUAUGGCCAUUGUAUCCAUCGAGAACCAAAUUGCAUCCAAGAAUGUCGAGAAUGUGGAAGUCGCGGAUAGUCCUAUGGCGGCCCCUGAUGAAGAAGAUGACAAGGGUUGGAUGGCCUACUAUAAGAAGCACCACAAUAGAGAAGCAACACCUCGGCCCCAUAUGAAGGAACAAGAAGCUGCUACGAAGCGAAGGCAGGCGAGAAUUGAAAAGCAGGACCUAGAGUAUAUGCAAGAUAUCAGGGAGUUCCUUGUUGAAAUCCAGUCACUGCUCACAGCUAAAGGCGCUAAAACCUGGGCGGAACUUUAUCCCACUGUCGAAAGUCAGGCAACCAUCGAAGGAGGAUCUUCCCGCAAUCGGCGAAACUUCAGGAGCCUGGUUUCUCACCGCACGGUCAAGCCUAGUGACACCUUGAAGAUAUCAUAUGUUCACCUCUCUCCAAAGAAUAGUUACGAUCGGAACCCCGUCGCUCAACAUCUUAACAGCGCUUAUGAAGAACUCUUUGAGGCAUGCUUCUCUGGGGACAAUGACCGGGUUCAACGUCUUUGUCUACCGAUCGAAGGGCAAGAGACAGAUGGAUCGAGCGACACCCCUCUUUCGGCCGCUAUCGCGGGACGUCAAUGGGCCACGGCAAAAUUAGUCCUCGCAAUUGCAACUGCUCAAUACCAUCCUGCUGACAACACAGAUAAGAUCAAAUUCAACCGACAUGUCGACUUGGACGAUGAUUCAGACAACGAAAGUUGCGCUUCGGACGAUUCGGAUAUGACGGUUGACCAACAAGAAAUCAAGUUCAUUGAUAUUGCGACCCGACCGUCUGCGGUUCAGAGCGUUAUCCAUCCCAAGACGAUGUUGACGGAGGCCCAUGUCCGGUGGUUGAGGCUAUCAGCAGAUUCGACUGAACCCUCAAGGGCACAAGCAGCGCCGCUCGCCAAGGCAGUCGCAGACCACGACCUCGAUGCGUUCAAACAUAUCGCAGACCUGUACCAGUCUCUCGCGGAACCUCUGCAGAUUGGAGAGGACAUCAUGGACCGUAUUCUUGAUGAGGAUCAGGCUGAUAUUCUGGACGAGUAUCUCCGUAGGACUGGUGAUGGGCUAGACAUUGCCCUGGUCAAGAAGGAAGCAAAUGUGAAGGAGGACCUGCCGAUCGCCACUAAUGAUGCGAACAAGAUGUAUCUCGGUCUUGAUGUGCAUGGGAAGAAGCGCAUAGAUUUGGCGCGUAAGAAUGACCCCAACGCGACGCACGAUGCGGGUGAGGAGAAGAGAAAGGUUCCUCUCCUUUGGAGGGCUAUUAAGCUCGGCGCGAAGAAUAUCAUCGAAUACUUGACGACUGAAAAACCAUUUGAGGCGUAUAGAGCUUAUGCGACGUCGACGACUGCUCAUGGCGAGUUGAAGGCGCGCUGGCUCCGUCGCUAUCUGUUUGGUGAGAGUGGGGCAGAGGUGGCAUCGUUGCCUAAAGGUGGUCCGAAGAAGCAGCUUGCGGUCUGGCUCGGAUGGACGAUCAACGCUCUUGGUGAAUCGCCGCUGGCGGCUGCUAUCAUCUCGAACAAGAUGGAGAUGAUUGAGCUGCUGAACAAGUUGGAACCGGAGCUGAUGGCUCAGGCGUUGAAGACAAAGAUCAAAUUUGUCGGAAUGAAUAUGCUAUUUUUUGCGGUGCAGAUGGGUAGUGACAUCAAAAUUGUUGAUUACUUGCUUGCGAAAAGUAUAUCCGCUGCGGAUAAAGAUUCCAUUAAAGGAUGGAAUAUGUAUCAUUACCUGAGCCAAAAGAACAACAAGAAGUUGUUGGGACAUUUGCUUCAAAAGCUGCCCCAGGACGUCAACGAAACUUUGCUAAAACAACAAUCCAAGCGUCGCUUCAACACUCCAUUACAAGUUGCCAUUAAGAACGGGCACGUUGAGAUUGCCAGCAUUCUUCUCGGGUACACGCCCACAUCGUCGGCUCUACUCCAAAUCCGCGACGUCGACGGGCAAACUCCCUUGCACUGCUCCGUGCGCCGCCAAUUCGUGCAGAUCACACGACACAUCCUCGACACCAGCCGCGCGCUACCGAGCAUCUCCGCACAACACUCCUCGCUCCUAGGAGACCUACUGCACACCGAGGACAGCGUCGGGCUGACGCCGUUCGAGAUCGCGAGUGUGCAGGUGCUGACGCAUAGACUGGAGCAGUUUUCGUGGGGCCAGUCGGUGCAUCAGUAUGCGGUGGAGCAUAUUGCGUCGUAUGGGCAGGUGGAGGUGGAGCCGCGCCGGACGGAUGUGAAGAGGGCGGUGGUGAAGUUGGCGGAUGAGAGGGAGGGGAGUAGGUGGAAGAAGGUGUUUGGGAUGGUGUAUGUUUCUCGUACGCGGGAUGAUCAUCUGCAGGAGUCGGCGACGGAGAAGGGGGUUGAGGAUGUGAAGCGGGUGGUAGCGCGCUUGGAAGCGGAGGCUGCUGCUGGUGAUGGUGAGAAAGUUGGAGGCGCGUUGGAUAUGGAUGUGUUGAGAGAGUGGGUUAAAGGUAUGGAGAGGCUUCUGGAGAGAUCCAAGGAGAGAGAGAGGAGGUAUGAAGAAGAGGAGAUGAAAGAUGUGGAAGAGACGCUUGCGAGGCUCGAGGAGCUGAAGAAGCAGAAUGAGAGUUGGAGGCUUUAUACGGAUACGUUGGAGGUGGCGCCGAUCACGGAGAGCCAGGAUUUAACGGGCACGUAUGAUGUUGUGCGCGCGGCUAUCGCUGCGCUCCAGGUAGAGGGUUUGGAGCGGACACCGCGCAGGCACCUUGUGCAUCUGUUUGAUGUGCAGCGCUCGGUGGCUUCGACGCUUGCCAGUGCCAGUGGCGGUGGAAACACCGCGAAUGGGGAUGAGGAAGACGGGGAUGGAGAUGGGGAUUACUACGACCGUGAAUCGUCGAGGGAGGCGCGCAGGUUGUUGAGGGCGCACAGGCACAUUGCGAAGCAUGGUGCCGUGGGCGAGUUGGAGGGCGAGGGCGAUGUGGAUGUGGAGGAGGAGAGGAGGGAGAGGAAGACGAGUAUGGUGUUCCAGCAUAUCACUAUGGGCCCUGAUAUGCUUUAA